AGAAACCCUGGGUGAGAUAGAGUACAGACACUAGCCCACAGGAGAAACCCUGGGUGAGAUAGAGUACAGACACUAGCCCACAGGAGAAAAACAUACCUUUAUUACAGCAUACUCCCUCUCUCCCAAAAUCCUCCCCUGUCUCCCAGGCCUUUUAUCCCUCUCAGAGAGCCCUCCCUGGGGUCAUGCCUAUCCUACUCAAUGCCGACGCCUCCUUCAGCUCCAAGCAGGAGCUGCUGGACCUCCAGGACAGCCCCAUGGGCCCCUCCCUAGAGACACCCAGCCCCGUGGACUCUCAGGAGGACAGCCCAGUGGGUUUAGGCCCCGGCAGCGCCGCUGGAAAUGCACCCGCGGAGACCCCACUGCCUGGACAGCUUUACACGGGCCUAGCACCCGCGGAGACCCCACUGGGCCUCACAUUCAUCCCCGCAGACUCAGAAGGGCUGUGUGGCUGGGGGGCUCUGACGCCCCGAGUCAUCCAGACCUUCAACACCCCUCGCUGGGUACUGUUCUUCCUGUGUGUGGCCUCCUUCCUCCAGGGCAUGAUCAUCAACGGCUUCAUCAACACCGUGGUGACCUCCAUAGAGAGGCGCUUUGACCUGCGUAGCUACCAGACCGGGCUCAUCGCCAGCUCCUACGACAUCGCUGCCUGUGUGUGCCUGGCCUUCGUCAGUUACUUUGGUGGGACGGGGCACAAGCCUUGCUGGCUGGGCUGGGGGGUGCUGGUCAUGGCGCUAGGAUCUCUUGUGUUCGCCCUGCCUCACUUCACCACUCCCCCGUACCAGGUAAGCAUGACUGAGCGGACAGGGGUGUGCACGGGGAACCGUACCAGCCCGUGCCAUGAGAGGGAGGGCGGGGGCCUGUCCAGCUACCGCUUUGUCUUCAUGCUGGGCCAGUUCCUGCACGGGGUGGGAGCCACGCCCCUCUACACUCUGGGCGUCACCUACCUGGACGAGAACGUCAAGUCCAGCUACGCUCCGGUGUACAUCGGGAUCUUCUAUACAGCAGCCAUCAUGGGUCCAGCAGCAGGGUACCUUCUAGGAGGAUACUUCCUCAACAUCUACACAGAGAUCCACAUGAUGACGGAGCUGACUCCAGAGAACCCUCUGUGGGUGGGGGCCUGGUGGAUUGGCUUCCUGGCAGGAGGUGCAGCAGCGCUGGUCGUCGCCGUGCCCAUCCUGGGUUACCCACGCCAACUACCAGGCUCUCAGAAGUAUGUGUCCAUGCGUGUGUCUGAGGCCCACCAGCUGAAAGAUGGCAGUCAGGCCAGUGCAUCAGACCCUCAGUUUGGGAAGUCAGUGAAAGACAUGCCUAGGUCAGUGUUGCUCCUGCUGAAGAACCCUCCCUUCCUCUUCCUGUGUCUGGCGGGGGCCACAGAGGCCACCCUCAUCGCUGGCAUGUCCACCUUCGGCCCCAAGUUCCUCGAGUCUCAGUUCAGCCUGAGUGCGUCUGAGGCAGCCACCUGGUUUGGCUACAUGGUGGUACCCGCGGGUGGGGGGGGCACUUUCCUGGGCGGCUACAUCGUGAAGAAGCUGAACCUCCGUUGCCGUGGCAUCAUUAGGUUCUGCAUGGUGUGUGCCAUCAUCAGUCUUCUUGCCAUCUUCAUCUUCCUCAUCCACUGUCCCAACAUCCCCAUGGCCGGGGUGACUUCGCCCUACCGCAGCAACCUGCCACCGGGCCAUCAGUACAAUGAACAGUACUAUGAGCCAGUCCGCAACAGUGUUACUCGGCUGCAGCUGUGUGGUGGGGAACGUCAACAUCGCGGGCAGGAGGGUCUGGCUCUGGAUGGGGAAGUGCACCAGCUCCUUGUAGUCCAUGCCAGCCUUCCUCACUUCCUCUCAUCGUCAUCUUUCUUCACCUUCCUGUUAGUAUCCCCGCCUUCCACUGCUACCUUCAGAACCCUCACUGCUACCCUCAGGUGUGUCCCAGACAGCCAGAGGUCCUUUGGACUGGGAAUCCAGUGGAUCGUGGUGAGAAGUCUAGGUGGGAUCCCAGGCCCGAUAGCGUUUGGCUCUGUGAUCGACAUCUCAUGCCUGCUGUGGCAGGACCAGUGUGGAGAGCAGGGCUCCUGCUACCUCUACCAGAACUCUGCCAUGAGCCGCUAUACACUGAUCGCUGGCAUCAUCUACAAGGUUCUUGGCACGAUGUUCUUCCUGCUGGCCAGUGUUCUGUACAARCCCCCUCCAGAGUCGCCCCAGAGCAGCUGUGAGAGCACCGACCACGGGGCAGGGAACAGCGGGGGAGAGACGGGGGACCUCUCCAUCAAGGACCUUCCGCCAAAAAUAAUCUCAAAUGUACACGCCAGGUUAUGAUGACUUCAGACCCCACCCACAUCUCACCGCGCGUGUGUGUGUGUGUGUGUGUGUGUGUGUGUGUGUGGGUCGUGCCACUGCGUCCUCAAUGACUGCCAACCCGUGCCCAUCUCAUGGCCACUCCCAUCACACAGACACAUCCCCCCCAGGGCAAGGCAUGUCUGCUCCACCUACUCAGCCCAACUUCAUCCCAUGGGCUUGCCCUCCAUCACCUCCCUGCCAGCCCACUGAACUUGGGGUUUGUGUGAUGUGAUGAAAGACUUAGACCAGGGUCACAGAUAGGGUCAGAGGUUAUUCUGAGAAGUAGGAAAGUCUCCUGAUGGCUUUGGGGAUUUAAACCACUGAAAAGACMCACUUYAACCUCUCUGGGAUAUGUGGGACGCUAGYGUCCCACCUGGCCAACAUCCAGUGAAAAUGCAGAGCGMCAAAUUCAAAUAAAUUACUAUAAAAAUUWWACUUUCAUGAAAUCACAYAUUCAAUAUACCAAAUUAAAGCGACACUUGUUGUGAAUCCAGCCAACGUGUCAGAUUUCAAAAAUGCUUUACGGCGAAA